AUGAGUGCCGAGGUGAUCUCAGGCCCGAAUGAACAUCCGAUCUUUCGCUUCUUUUGUCAAUAUCCACAACAGAUCCGCCCUCUCUUGAGAGAUUAUCUGAUCAUACAUUACUUUGAGAAGAUUGCAAGUUUCCUCAAGAAGAAUAACAUCUACGGUAUUUUGAUCCUAGAUAGCUAUACGUUACCUAUUAUCGGGUCUCUUUUCACUACCUCGAUCUUAACGGAGUAUCGCCUUGUUCUGAAGGAUUCUUUGGAAAAGACCCGCACUCCACAGCCAGCCAUGUUUGGGGUGUAUAUGGUCUCUACGACCCUAGAGGCGAUGGAGAUGGUAGCGCGGGACUUUGGCUGGGGCGUCAAUGGAAGCACCCAUGUGUCGUCGUUCAGCGCAAGUGUUGCGGAAGCAAAGCAGGCUAAGAAGGGAUGCUGUGGCCCCUCAGGCUCUAAGGUCCAAUUUCCGUAUAAGUACAAGGGUCUGUUCAUACUCACACCUGGUCCGCUUUCAGCCGAUGCAGAGAACUUUGUGAAGUCGUCUGGGCUCGUAGACUUGCUCUCUAAGGCAGGUGUCAUGAGCUUCAAUGUCGACUUCACCGUUAGGUGGAACAGGUUUAUCAAUCUCAACCAGCCAGAAGCAUUUCUGAUAGCUUAUGGCAUGCACAAGUUUAAUGCAGAUACGUAUCAGGCUAUUAAGAAGCAAUACAUCUCCACUACAGUCGAAAAGCUGUGGUCUUUAUUUAAUUCCCUAGAAAUGGGUCCACCAGAGGUACGCUACUAUAAAGGAGUUGCACGAGAGUCGCACUUUUCGCUUUGCAAGGAGAUCGCCGAGGCCCUAAACAAGAAGCUGCAACUUACCCCAGUUGCACCGUAUAACAAUAGCUAUCCGUGUGUUAACAGCACAAUAAUCAUAGUAGACAGGGCGUUUGACCCUAUUUCCCUUGUUGCUCACCACACACUCGUCGGCUCCUUCCUGCCUGACAUGUUAGAUAUCAAUGAUGACUUAUACUUAGCAGAUGCCGCAACUGGCCAGCCGUGCAGCCCAAACGACGCUAAGAUUGCAAAGUCUCAGAAAAAGGCUGCGAAUUUGAUUGAGAUAGAUCUCUCUGAAUCAUCGGACGUUUGGAACGGCUUCAGGUUCAUGAGCAUGGCCAACUUUCUUGUGUGGCAGAAGGAUAUUAUCAAGGUGUUCCGGAGCUUUGACCCUUUGGAUAGAGACUCAGUUACCAUGAUGACUAAGCCCAAAGAAAUACCCGUCAACUACGGGCGCCACGCAGGUCGAGUGAUGAAGAUCCCGUCAUAUAGCCUGGUGGAUUCUUCCAUCUUCAACGUGCCAUAUAUGACGCUGAGCGCUCAAAUGAAUGGUGUCUUCACUAUUAUUAAGAAGUUUGCAGAUGAAAUAGAGGCCAAGGGGUACCUCCCGCUCCUUCUAGCAGCAGAGUCUACCCUGCUUGACAUUCUGAUCAACGGAGACCGCAUCUCUGACCUGGAUUCUAUAGCAGUUGGCCCAGAGAAAGUCUCUAUUACAGAGAUCCUUCAGACACUGUCAUCCCCGAGCACGGACUCCACAGUUGCCCUUCGUCUCUACAUGUACACUGUUCUAAUACUGGAGAAGUCUGGUCAAACAGAUAGGGGCCUCUCUGAAUCUAUUUACGGGAGGCCUCUCCGCGAUUUGAUCAACCUUAACUAUAACGUUUCGCGGCUCUGGCGGCUGGAUGAGGAUGCUGACUUUCGGGCAUUGUGGACUGGGUUCCUGCAGACCUUUGUUACGUAUGACUUUAUUCACUUGUGGCAAGCGAUGAAGAAGAGUCCAGUUCAUAAGGGUGUUCUAAGCAAAGCAAUCGAGGAGUCCCGAUACCUCCCCGCCCUCGAGUGUAUCUUCCGCUCGUUCAACGAUAGCCCUCUGUCACAGACAGCCGAGAGUCUCUUCCCUGUGGCAGAGAACCAGAGUCUGGCCAUGGUAGAGCGUAGGCGACGUGGGGCGCCUGUUAAGCGCGACGUGCUUGUUUCCAAUGUGUCCAACGCGGCGGCAAAGUACUAUCCAGAGUCUCCAGAGGGCAAAGAGCUCCAGACCUAUUUAGAAAAGCAUGAGAUAAGCUCCUAUCGCAGCAGAGAGAAGGUCUACAUCUAUAUGAUUGGUGGCGUUACGCCAGGGGACGUCAGCGCUGCCUACCGCGCAACGGGCGACUCGGCAAUCCCAGAGCCCAGUCCGUUCAACUCAGCCUAUUGGACUCCUGCGCUUGGAGACUUCGAUUGCGUGUUGAUUUCGGACGAUUUUUAUACUCCCUCUCGCUUCACGCAACGCCUGGCUGGGCUGAAGCCGGGGGUCCUUUCGUCUAUAGAUGAGCUACGUAAGAUUGCAAAGAGCUGGUCUCAAAAUAAUUAG